AUUGUACAAAUAGUGUUGAGCAGGACUUUGGAAUAUGGUAUUGCAGAAAAUGUGACCAGGGAUGGUCAAAUCUUAGAUUGAGGUAUUGCAUUCAAGUCCACGUAGUUGAUGGAACUGAUGUUGCAUCCUUCAUUCUUUUUGAUUCUGCCACAAAAGAAUUUCUUAAUAUAUUUGCUUCUGAUUUAUGUGACCUGCACUUCAAAAGAGUGAUUUUCUUUGUCAUCUUCAAUAUUUAUUUUUAUGUUACUUAUGGCUUAUAAUUGGUAUGGUGCAGAUAUUGAGCAGCUAUCCUUAGAAGCAAAGCGUCGGUGGUUAUCCCAAGCUGAAAUAUGUGAAAUUCUUCGGAAUAAUGAGACAUUGCAGAUAUCCUCAGAACCCUCUAAUAAGCCACCAAGUGGUUCACUUUUUCUUUUUGAUCGAAACGUGACAAGAUAUUUUAGAAAAGAUGGACAUAAUUGGCAAAGGAAAGAGAAUGGAAAAUUGGCAAAGGAAGGUCAUAAGAAGCUCAAGGCUGGAAGUAUUGAUGUUUUGCAUUGCUACUAUGCCCUUGGGGAGGAGAAUAAAAAGUUUCAAAGACGUUGUUAUUCAAUGCUCCAAAAGGACUUCUCCCACAUUGUUCUUGUCCACUACCUGGUAACGGUUAGAGUUUAUGAUUUAUCCUAUCACUUCUUCUUUUUUUUCCCUUUCCUGUCAGCCAUCUUCUGAAAUGAACUUAUGAAUUUUAUUUUAUACACUUUGCUUUUUACUUCCUAAGAAAAUCAUUUGGCUGAUGCAGUUUACAACCCAGAUUAAACUGAAAAUUU